AUGGCCUCCCGCCACCCGCGUCCCCAGCGGCUGUGGCUGCUGGCGCCGCUGGCGCUGUGCGUACUACUCCACCACCAAAGCGCGGCCUUGACUCUGUGCGGGAGCCAGCUGGUCGACGCCUUGGCGUUUGUAUGCAACGGGCGAGGCUUCUACGCGGCGCCACCAGCUGGCGUGCAGCGGCAGCGGCAGCAGCUAGGCGGCAUCACAGAAGCGUGCUGCCUGCGCGCCUGCUCGCUGCUGCUGCUGGAGCGCUACUGCGCACAGCCGCAGCUGCUCUCGCCCGCCUCGCCUUCCGCGGCGUUCUGCAACGCCUUGGCGUGCCUACGGGAGUUGAGCUCGGCAGAUCCGGACGGACGGCUGAGCACGUGGAAGGGUGAGGGGCUGGUGGACUGCGUGCUGCGCUUCGUCCGCUCGGCACUGAGAGGGCGCAACAUCGAGACCAAGGCGUCGGACCUCUGGCUGCACGUAGAACUGUCUCCCAUUACUCCACGCCCCGCCACGGCUCCCCUCGUCUGCCCCGGGCGGGGGCACGCCGCCAUCACCGCCCGGCGACGAGGGGAAGGGUACUGGGGAUUCCUAGCACACCCGUAG